AUGGAGGACCCAAGUGAGGAGAAGAACAAUCAUGGCGACGCUGUCGUCCUGACUGCCGUGGAGAUCAAGAAGCGUAACCUACUGCUUGUGUUUCUUUUCUAUUCCUUGUUUGUUUGGGAUGGAAAUGAUGCACAGAUCCAUACACCAACCAUACUCUCUCAUCAUCCUCAUAUCUCUCUUGUUGCUUCUAUCUCACCACACUCUCUGCAUUUAAAUUUCGUACUUCACACAAAAUUCACAGUUAAGGGAUCGUCCAAAAGGGUUUCUAAUAUGGUUUAUCGAUCCUCCGUGCCUUCUCUCCUCGUAUGCAUGUUUGCUUCUUUUGCUUCUGUCUACGUCGCUGGAAGAUUAUGGCAGAACUCUGAGGACAGGAUUUAUCUCGUAAAAGAGCUUGAUAAGUUAACGGGGAAGGGACAAUCUUCAUUAUCAGUGGACGAUACAUUGAAAAUUAUAGCCUGCAGGGAGCAACGCAAGAAGCUUGAUAUCCUUGAGAUGGAACUUGCUACAGCUAAACAAGAGGGUUUUGUUUCAAAUCAUGUCAGAGAGACUAAUGGGACUUACUCUAAGAGAAAGCCAUUGGUGGUUAUUGGAAUUUUUACCAAGUUUGGCAGCCAAAACAAUAGAGAUGCAAUUCGUAGUGCAUGGAUGGGAAGUGGUACAGCUAUGAAGAAAAUGGAAGACAGAAAGGGCAUUGUCACACGUUUUGUUAUUGGAAGAAGUGCAAUUCGUGGGGACAAUCUGAAUAGGGACAUCGAUCGUGAGAAUUGGCAGAAUAAUGACUUCCUAAUCCUUGAUGAUCAUGUAGAAACAAAUGAGGAGCUCCCAAAUAAGUCUAAAUUGUUCUUUGCUCACGCUGCAGAUAAAUGGGAUGCUUACUUUUAUGCUAAAGUCAAUGAUGAUGUUUACGUAAACAUACGUGCAUUGGGAGCUACACUUGCUACACAUUUGGACAAACCUCGUGUUUACAUAGGGUGCAUGAAAUCAAGAAAAGUUUUCUCUGAACCGAACCAUAAAUGGCAUGAACCAGAAUGGUGGAAAUUUGGUGACAAAAAAUCAUACUUUCGUCAUGCAUCAGGAGAGAUGUAUGUCAUAUCGCAAGCUCUGGCAAAAUUCAUUUCUAUAAACAAGUCUAUUCUCCGUACAUAUGCCCAUGCUGACAUUAGUGCGGGAGCCUGGUUUAUUGGGCUUGAUGUGAAGCACGUUGAUGAAGAAAAGUUUUGUUACUCAUCAGCAGGAGCUCUCUGCGCAGGUGUUUAG